AAGCAUACUGGAACAAUGUUGCUUCCUUUCACGAGAAACUCUAGCGUUAAACAAGGUGGUCAGGAUCCUUUGAAAAUUGCCAUUUCCUGAUCCGGCGUAAGACAAUAGCGUAGCAGUUUACCGCGUAUUCGUGGGAAGUGGCAGUGAAAGUGACGGUGGGCAGGGUGAUUCGUUCCGCAGGAAGACGGUAUCGAUAGUCAAAGAAUGCAAUAUCUAGUUACGUGCAGCACAACGCCCAGCAGCCACAGCAGGAGAACGACCGAGUUAGAUAAACUCUCUGCGUCGAAUCUACCAGCGUAUCCCUACCGGAAUCCUUUCACUCACCUCUCUUUCUUGACCAUCCGUAAUACUCCCUUUCUCCCCGUUACGGUCUCCGCGAUCCUGUCGAGCUGCUCUGCUUCUACGAAUCAGGAGUAAUUACGUGGGAAGAAAGUCGUUCGAUCAAAGUCACUCUUUCUUUGCUCGAUGUCUUCUAUACUCGUUCUGUGACCAUUCACCUCGAUAAUGGCCCUUUCUGUCAGCGCCGUAGAAAGGAAACGAAGGGAAUCGACCGAUGUAUCCUUGUAAUCAUCGAACGUUUAGUUUGGCGAACCUAAUGGCAAUUUGGAUUCGUUUCGAUGUUUUCAUAGAGAAGGGUAUUAAAAGUUAUACCCUUUCGUUCUCGAGAUCUAAGUCUCUGGAUGUAUCGCGCAAGCGAUGAAAGCGCUCGAUUUAAUUCCUUGGGAACGACAUGGUUGACUUUCAUGCGAGAAUUUCACGCUGGUGACAUCGCAAAAUAAGGCAAAACGGAAGAAAGAGAGUAGGAAAAGAAAUCGAUUUCAACGCUGGAUCGGUAGAGAGGAUCACGGACGGUCCGCAUAGGCGUUCACCACGCUCACCGCGUUCUACGUUACUUGGAAAAUCUGACGAUGCAUUUCGUCGAAGUACUCUGAACGAAGUAGAUACAACGGUGUUUUGUCGAGAGAAAGCUUGUCCAAAAGCUAUACGAGCUGAGAAAUCUUGGUCUCGAUGGACCGUGUCCACUAACUAUACUUAUACUAUGUAUAUAGGUAUGACACACACGAAUCGAUGUUUCCGUAAUUAAGAAUGAAAUUAAAUUACGCACGUAGCGGUGAAAGCUCGCUUGAAUGAAUCAAAGAUCUAUUACAAAGAUUACGGUCUAAACUUCUAAUUUCUUCCGAUCGUGAUCGUUUACCUUUUGGAAUCCACCACGGUGACGUAAAAAAUUAAUUCUCGCUCGGAUGCAACGGCGUCGAGUUUCAACGCAAAUUGAUAUGGAUGUAUGGGUAGCAAUCGUAUUUGCGAAAUACGUAAUAGCUAGCAUCGAAGGUAGUCCCGGAGGUUGGCAGGGAAUAUCAGCAGGCAACGAUUAUGGAUCAGCACACGGCUUAGAAUUAGGUGGCCUGUCCAGUUAUGGUUCCUAUGGCGGUGGUGGACUGGAUCAUGGAUUGCACGGAGGACAAGUUCAUUACGCUGAAGCUGUACCGGUGAGCGAGCACGUGGAAAUUACCAGGCCCGUGCCAGUACCUGUCGUCAAAAACGUUGGAGUACCGGUUGCUCAACCAGUGGCCAUAGGAGUUCCACAUCCAGUCGCCGUAGGAGUACCACAGCCUUAUCCAGUUCACGUACCGGUUGCAAAGCCAGUUGCAAUUCCCGUGGUGAAGACCGUGGCCGUUCCAGUCGAGAAGAAGGUCCCAUUUCCCGUGGAGAAGGUGAUACCGGUCCCAGUAGAGAAACACGUGCCUGUACCGGUGGAGAAACACAUACCAGUGCCCGUGGAAAAACCGUACCCGAUUCACGUGCCAGUUUACAAACACGUAUUUCACAGGGUGAAGUCUCAUGGUCACGGAUGGAGUCAUUAAACGUUACAACAUGAUACUCUGAAGAUAUAUGCAGAUUUACACAUAUGGCCGUAACAGCAAGCGAGCGUAACUUCUGCGUGUGUAUCAGCUAGUCUAUACGGCAGAAGAUUGCGAUUCUCUUCCUCGAAUGAUCACAAAGAAGGCUCUUCGUCUUCGAUCGGGCACACAUUGUUGUAUAGAUCGAAGAUAUCAACGAGCCAUCUAUCCAGGAGUCGUAAAACGCCUCCAAUGCUGUUUGUAUUUAUGGUUGUUUGUUUUGUUGCUGUGUUAUCAAAUA